GCUCCUAUGCAACGGAAGUGACGUAAGGAGCAGAGCUGGAGGGUUCGGGUAAAAAUGGCUGAAUGUCUUCGUUAUUAGGGAUUGAGGACAAGUGAGAACGGGAGCGGGGAGCGUUCUCUCGGGGACCAGGACCGCGUCACUUGGGCCCUUGUUGACUGCACGGUUCGGGGCGGUGUUUCUAGGGAAUCUGGCCUCCCCGGCCCUCGGUUCUCCUCUGUCUUUGCACCUCUUCCAGGAUAAAUUGCUCUUUUUAAGAUAGAGGCCAACCGGCAAGGGAACCGAUGCUCCCGGCUUUUCAACAAACUGACUUUCAGCCAGGGACCGGGUACAGAGUCCCACGGGUUAACGCCUCCCGGUUCUUCCACUUCUGUUGUUCAUCUUCACGAGGUCCCGCCUUUUCCGGUUUCUAAGGCCCACCUAUCGCAGGCCUCAUCUGACCUCCGCAGGUUCCUCCCCCAACCUGCUGGCCUUUCCCGGUCAAGAAAUCCACAGAACACAGCUCAAACGACGGCCGGAUCACACUGUAAGGGACCAGGCGUGGAGGCAGGGUGGACAGCUCUCAGCAGGCCACCUUCUGAAUUCACCCUUCUCGCGUGAGCAACGUGGAGGCACAAGAACACUAUGAUAACUUCUUUGAGGAGAUAUUCACAGAAGUGCAGAGAAUUAUGAGGAGAUUGAAGAAAUGAAUGUGUGUGACAACCUGGGGGAUCUUCUCGUGGGCAAUGUCUAUGUCAAGGUGCUUGCUGUCCCCUCCUUACAGCUGAGGUGGAGGCAUUUCAGUGCCUAAUGGCCACUACUGAAGCUUCACAACUUGAAGUCCACCACUAAAUCCAGUCCAGAUCUAGAGCUGCUAAUUAGUCAGUCCCCUGAAGAUCUCCAGCUGCUGACCCUGACUGACUUCCUCCCCAGUUCCAGCAGGAGGAAGAUGCAGAGCAGGCAGUGGACAAACUCAGUAGACGCUGUGGCUGUGCAUGCUGAGCUAUCUCCUGCCACUGACUUCAGGGAGUCAUGCUGUUGGCAAUACGAGAUGGGGUAAUAUUCCCAUGGCAGCUUCCGCAACUACAUGCACUUGCAACCAAUUCCCAGGAACUUCUGGGGGCAGCUCUAUGGUCAGGGACCCAAGGGCAGGUACUUUGGGACUAGUCUGCCAAGAUAGGUCAUAUCCUAAGACCUGUUUACCUGAGAUGAGCCUAAUCUUACACUCUGGUUACGGUGUCCCAAGACACUCAUAGCCUAAGGAUAGUCUUGAGCCCCAUCUGGAGACCAGCACUUAAAUCUCACCCCCAAAGGCAGCCUGAGUUCCAAAUCCAAGACCAGCCUGGUUCUCUAACUCUCUCUUGGCCCCUGAGUACCUGUCUUGAGACCACCUCCUGUUAACUCUAGUUAUUUCAACAUUUGCUGUGCCUGGUCCCAGAGCAGAGAAGCGGGCCUGGGGAUCUUUGCAACACUGCUCACAGCUCUAACUCAAUUCUCCCCUCAGGUCUUCAGGUCACCCCCAAUGUCUCAUCCUGGCCACUGUCCCUGAGACAGAACCGGUGGCAUUUCCCAGACUACCAGCAUGGCCGCUUCUGAAACUCUGGCUUCCUGUCCUCAACCCUUGACGGGCACAGAUAUUCCUGGCCAGGACCCCUCCCCAAAGCCCCCUUCACUUUGCAGCCCCAUUUUCCCCAGGCUCUGGGGCUCCACAGUGUAAUCUAUUCAACACAGGGAACUUCCCCAAUUGCCCCUCCUCUUGUAAAGGUCCAUAGUGACGAUUAGAUCUUUGUUGAGCCUGGUGUGGGCUGAAGUUUCCUUUCACCCACAUCUGAUAAAAACGGAAGUCAGGUCUAGGCUCCGGCCACAACUUCGGCUGAGGAACUUCAGACCACAGGCUGCAGGCCCUGACCGGAUGGGACCCGGAGGCUGCCUCCUCACAGCGGUGCUGCUUCUGGGUCAGGCAGCACCCCCGGAAGCCUCCAGGUACUGCGGCCGCCUUGAAUACUGGAACCUAGACAACAAGUGCUGCAGCAGCUGCCUGCAGCGCUUCGGCCCACCCCCCUGCCCUGACUACGAGUUCGUGGAAAACUGUGGGCUCAAUGAUUCCGGCGAUCUCUUAACGUACCCGUACAAAGAGUGUUCUCCCGGGCAGUGCAACCCCGAUGGCGCGGAGCUGUGUAGCCCUUGCAACAGCAGAGUCACGGCUCCCAUUCCCGCCGGAAGCCUUGGCAGAACCCUGAGGCGCUGCAGCGAGAGGCCGGUCCCCACCAAGGAGUCCUGUCCUCUGACAACUGGAAAAACGAGCUUCUCUAGCUCCCCGGAGCCCAGCUCACCAGCGAGUUUCUCGAGGACACCUGAACAUAAUGUGCUUCUGCAGGCCUUGCUUGUGGUACUGGUCCUGCUGGUCACCUUGACGGUGAUCUUACUUAUCCUGUGGAGGCACGGCUGCCGGCCCAAGGGGAACGCUGUCACCCUCCCUUAUCCUGCCUUCGUUUGUAGAGGCCCCGACACUCACAGCUCCCAAGGUGCCCUGGAGGCAUCGGAGAUUGGGAACUCAUGGAAGGUCUCGCUGCUUCCACUCCUAUGUCGAGAGCUGCCAAGCCUUGAGUCACAGCCUCUGUCCCGCCUUCUGGAUGAACUGGAGGUGCUGGAGGAGCUGAUUGUGCUGCUAGACCCUGAGCCUGGCCCGGGAGGGGGCAUGGCCUGUGGCACCACUCGACACCUGGCUGCGAGGUAUGGGCUGCCUGCUGCCUGGUCCACUUUUGCCUACUCACUGCGGCCCAGUCGCUCACCACUGCAGGCCCUGAUUGAGAUGGUGGUGGCAAGGGAGCCCUCUGCUUCUCUAGGCCAGUUUGGAGCAUAUCUGGCCCAAAUAGGGCGGGCAGAUGCACUUCAGGUGCUGUCCAAGCUUGCCUGACUUGCCAGGUCUAAGACUCAAUAAAGUCUCCCCGGAAAUAAAUGCCUGCUGUCACUGGUCCUCACUGAGGCCUUCUUGGAAGUAUAAUCCUAAGUAGGCCAAGACCCAACAGAUAACUGAAUUCCCCUCCCCCAAAAGGGCAGCCCAUUCCAACAUACACGACAAAUGGGAGAGCUGACCCCAGGUACCUCUGGGCAACCAGCAACCCCUCCGAGAAACAGCCCUGCUAUCGCUGGGAUAGCUCACCUACAUGUGUCCCAAGUUAAAAUGUGCAGGAUGUGUAGUGAGUGCUCUGAAGCCUUAACAGAUCUCAAACUCACUUUUUUUUUUUU